AUGUUUCGCCGGUUGCCAUUAACCCGUCCCCCACCAACUUGUUUCGUCUUUACUGCGUCCCCAUCUCGCAGACCAUUUAGCACCACUGGGAGCAACUUGAACACCAACGAAUCCAGUUCGUUCAAAGAAGGGGUAUCUCGGUACAAACUUUUCGCAAGUCCGUUUGCCAAGGUCUUCUUGGGAGCCAUUUUCACAUACCAAGUGAUUUACUGGACAUGGCUGAAACUUGAAAUGGAUGAGUCGAAAUAUAUCAAGAAUCAAGAAGUGGCGACUCUGGAGAAGCAGGCUAGGGAGCUGACGGGGACCCAAAAAUAA